GAACUAAAGAACCUUAUGGAGCGGAAAACAAUAAUUAUCCACCAAAAGUUGUGCAAUUGAUGAGAUAGUCGUGGUAUAUCCAACCUAGAAUUUGACGGUGGAAUGGAUUGAGUUGACGGAAUAGUAGGGAUCGGAACUAUUUUGUGCAGAUCACAAGCAGGCCAAGACUCUGGGCUUUGGAUCCGAAAAAAUAGUCCAUUCCUGCCGUGACCUGUAUUUAUAUACUAUACCGAUCGGCUUCUACAGUUCUACCAACGCUUAAAUCCAAAGUAUACUUAUUAUUAUCAGAAGAAAAAAGAAAUGCACAAUAUGGAGGGCGAGGAUUUCAAUAAACCGUGGUUUGUAGUCAGGCCGGACGACGGCACCAUGAAAUGCUUUGUCCCCGGCUCCCAUAUUCAUGCCCGUUUCUCCUGGAAAGAUCAGAUCUCGAACAUCGCUUUGCCGGCCGAUUUACUAUCGGAGUCACAAGAGUCCCAGCGCCGAUUCAUCCGCAAUUCACGGGAUUUGCGUAAAUGGCAGAUUGACGAUGAUUUCAUGAAUGCUGUCGCCGACAAAUUGAUUGACAAAAUGCGUCGUUACGAUAUGCAGUGCAAUCUCCUGGUAGACAUUAUUCCUCCGGUGGAGGACGAUCCUGAGGCGAGGGCGGCUGCGGGGACCUCGAAAAAGUUUCCCUGGGCAUUCAGGAUAUUGAUGAUAUUACUAGCAAGGGUGGACAUAGAACGGUUCUACUAGACCCCCAACCGAAUCGGUCCAAACCGGCUGUCCGGCUUGUAAUGCAUGGUACUGAAUCGAAUAUCGGUAUUUAAAUGGUUCUAUAGGUUUUUAUCCUGAUCCGAAACUGUAUCGUUUGAAACGGCUACGGAACCGGUCCUAUAUUUUGAUAACCGAAAAAUACUGAACCGUACCAUUAAAAAAUAAUGGAUUUGAAGUUUUUAUAUUUUUUCCAUACCAAUAAAUGAAUAAAUAUCUUUUAUAGACCAAUAAUUUUAUAGCUCAAGUUAGCCAAUUAUGUAUUCAUGCGUCCCUACAAUAGCUAAAUGUGUGAGUUUUUUUUAAACGUUGAUUUUUUCUAUUACAUUCCAUAAUUGAUGAUAUUCUUUUUAUAUUUUCACAUGAACUUAUUAAUAAAUUAAAGAUGAGUUUUAU